AUGUCCGUUUCGCAGCUCAAAGUGAUGCCGUCCUAUCAGCCAUUCCAAUGUCUCAUCUGUCAAAGUCGAUUUACUCGACACGAGAACCUCAAGCGACAUGCAACGCUACACUCCCGUUCUCAGGCCGAGGCGUCGCUUCCCUGCGACUUCUGCCACGCUACCUUCUCCCGUCCCGACUUGCGCAAUCGCCACAUGAAGAGAAAACAUCCAGAGCACGAGCAGCACCGAGUGACGAAAAGGACACAGCGUCAACCAGCACCCAGACAAGACAGGCUGAAUUCUUCUGUAUCGCCGACAGCAAUCUCGCCUGCAGGAAGCCAGGGUGGCUUGCCUUCUCCUGGAUCUGUGCAUUCCAGUCCAGGAGAGGAGACGAGGUUUGAUAGCGAUGCAAUCUGGCAUCCAGUGAUGCGGUAUCAGCAGCAGUUCGACAGUGGCCACCCCGCGCAAAACCCAAAUAUUCCUGCGCCGGGGACCGGGAUAGCCAAGACGCAACCGACAAGAGGCCUGUUACAACAAUCGACGACGAGUGACUCUAUCCUCAUCGAUCAGAUUGUCCAGGACGCUACAGAUCUGGAGCGGAGCUUACUAUUAGGGACAUCCUUCCUGAAACCCACCACUCACCUUGACAACCAACUACAUCCGAUGGCCACCGCACAAACCGAGCCACUCAAUACAAGUCUAGUUGAAUACAAUUUCGACCACCCGAUUUUAGAUAGAUUAUCGCCAAAUGACAUCCCUCAACUCCAAGACGAUUGGGCCCCGAGUCCCUUACAAAUUUCACGAGGCUGCAACUUAUUUUUCGCCUCGGUCUCUCAUUUCCUCCCCUUUCUCCAUUCCUCGACUUUCGAUCCGACACAAGUUCCUCCUCAUUUGGUCCUCAGUAUGCUCUGCCUCGCCUAUCAAUACGGCGAGGACCCGGAAUGCGGGGAUCAAGAAGGCUCAGGCGAAAGCUUUUCUAUACGUUGCUUUCAUAAAGCUCGAGCUGUCCUUGCUUCUGACGAAGAGAGGCCGGACGCUUCGACGAUGAUCACCACACUGGUUCAAUCAUACCUGCUCCUUGAAAUCUGUGCCAUGAUGUACCUUUGUGGCGACAAUUCGGCGUGCGGCCUCAAGAUGCAUUCGCACAUAAUCUCCCUGGCUCGUGCUGGACGAAUGACACAACCAAUGACUGUUGAGUCUGGUGCGACCGCAGAUUUGGAGUCAUUAUGGCGGGAGUUUGCCAAAGCCGAGUCGCACAAACGAACCCUUUUCGCGGUGCAUCAGAUCGACGCACUCUGGUACCAAUUCCUUUCCAUUCCCCGCUCAAUCUCACACCUGGAAAUCAAGCAUGAUAUGCCUUGUCCAGAAGACCAAUGGUCAUCAUCCUCUGCUGCUGAAUGGGCCCAUCGGCAGCUCGUUGCAAGAAAUGGCGGCCCCUCGGUGACAUACACCGAUACUGUUCGACGCUUCCUUUCCUCUGGUGAUGAGAUCGCCUCCCUUCCAUCAUUUGAUCCGUACGGCGCCAUUAACAUCGCGCAAUUUCUGAUAUCCAGCGCCCGGGAAAUCUCAGGCUGGUCCACAAUGACGGGAAUGCUGAGCAUGGAGCGAUUCGGCGCAUUAAGAUCAUCCCUCGUCGCACUUAGCCCGUUUAUCUGUCCCGGUAACCACUCGGCACAAACAAAGAACGUGACUCCAUCUGCAACUUGGGAGACUGCCAUGGUCGAGCUGCAGAUGUGGUCACCAUCCCACACUGGUGGCAUUGUGGAAGGAAGCAUAGAUGCCGUUCUCAGUCAGUCAACAUAUUUGGGACCGUCUCAGUUUCUGUGCGAUGCCAACACGGCCAAAGCUAUACAACCACAUGUCAACUGGUUCUUACGAUAUCUCGACGAGACGCUCAUGUUGGACUCUGAAGCGCCAUGGGUUACUCUGUCUGCGUACAAAGCCUUUCUGAUUGCCUGGCAGCUAAUACAUGGUGGCCUGCCUGGCGCAAUGGAAGUUGUGGGCAUCCGUGAUGGUGAUAUGGAGGGAGCUCUGAUGUGGGCGAGAAAGGUCUUUCAACGAAGACGGAAAUGGCAGAUUGGGAAACUCAUCUUGUCUUGUUUGGAUGAAUUAGAGAAAUGA